AUGAAGAUUGUGGAGACCACAGAGUCAGAGAGAGAAGUGAGGAGCGGCCGAGUGUCCAUCAGGGACGAUCCAGCAACCCUCACCUUCACAGUGACCUUGGAGAGACUCACAGUGGGUGAUGAAGGCAAAUACAUGUGUGGGAUCGAUACACCAUGGACAGAAGGACUGAUAGACCUCAUCUUCCCGGUUGAGGUGUCUGUGUCCCCAGGAUGUUUGUCUCUGAGCGGCCCCAGGCGAGUGACGGGCAUUGUGGGUGGAUCGCUGAGCGUGCAGUGUCGGUAGGAGAAGAAGUACACAGACCAUAACAAAUACUGGUGCAAAAGCCCAUGUUUGGCAUCGCUGAGGACGAAGAUUGUGGAGACCACAAAGUCAGAGAGAGAAGUGAGGAGCGGCCGUGUGUCCAUCAGGGACCAUCCUGCAACCCUCACCUUCACAGUGACCUUGGAGAGCCUCACAGAGGGCGAUGAAGGCACAUACAGGUGUGGGAUCCAUAGACCAUGGACAGAAGGACUGAUAGACCUCACCUUCCUGGUUGAGGUGUCUGUGUCCCCGGGCUAUUUGUCUCUGAGUGGCCUCAGGCGCAUGACAGGUAUCGCGGGGGGAUCGCUGAGCGUGCAGUGUCGGUACGAGAAAGAAUUCAAGGAAAAUAACAAAUACUGGUGUAAAAGCCCAUGUUUGGCAUCGCUGAGGACGAAGAUUGUGGAGACCACAAAGUCAGAGAGAGAAGUGAGGCGCGGCCGUGUGUCCAUCAGGGACCAUCCAGCAAACCUCACCUUCACAGUGACCUUGGAGAGCCUCACAGAGAGCGAUGAAGGCACAUACAGGUGUGGGAUCCAUAGACCAUGGACAGAAGGACUGAUAGACCUCACCUUCCCGGUUGAGGUGUCUGUGUCCCCAGCCCCCACCCUGAAGAUUGUCACAAGCACCCUGGGUCCUCCAAGCACCUUGGGAUCUACAAGCACGCUGGGUCCUCCAAGAACCCUUGGUCCUCCAAGCACCUUGGGAUCUAUAAGCACCCUGGGUCCUCCACGCACCCUGGACCCUCCAAGUACCCUGGGCCCUCCAAGCACCCUGGACCCUCCAAGCACCCUGGGUCCUCCAAGCACCCUGGACCCUCCAAGCACCCUGGGUCCUCCAAGCACCCUGGACCCUCCCUCCUCCCUGCCAGCGACCACCGGGCCCAGUGUGACCAGCCAGGAGACGCCUGAUGCCAGCCAACACCCUUGGUCCCUGUUCAGCACUGUCCACUUCCUGCUCCUGGUCUUCCUGAAGGUGCCCCUGCUCCUGAGCAUGCUCGGUGCCGUCCUGUGGGUGAACCGGCCUCAGCGGAGCUCUGGGGGGAGGCAGAGUCAGCCCUGCUCUGAGGACCAGUGACACCUACUCUGUCGAUGCCCCGCCCAAGAGCACAGCCUCGCUGUGGAAGGGAAGGACCUUCUGACCAAUCAAUCCAGUGUCAUUGUCCAAGAUUCUGUCGGAAUAGUCUGUGAACCUAUUAGAGAAUUUUUUCUUUCAAUGUAUCAGAAUCACACAAAAGAUACCUAAUAAAUGCAUACUCAUU